UCUUCACCUCUAUAUCUGUGUCAAUCCUCAAUAACAUUUUACAUUCACUUCUUCAUCCUCAGUUUAAACCCUCUCUCUCCUCUGUGUCUCUCUCUCUCUAGAACUGCUACUACGCUGUUUCCCAAAGAAAACCCAUCUCUUUCACGCUCACCGACGACAUGGAUUCUUCUCAAAACUGGCUUGCCUUCUCUCUUUCCAAUCACCAUAUUCCCUCUCAUGACUCUUCUCACCUCUCUCUCUUUGAAGCCUUCAACACCACCUCCAACAACCCCAGUGGGGUUGUUGAUAGAGCUGAAGAAGAUGUGAGGGGUGGUGCAACUGAGCUGUCCAUACUCACCGGCGGAAGCGGCGGCGGAGGAGGACCGAAACUGGAGGACUUUCUUGGUGGCGGAGCUACGAGAACAACCGAUUUGUGUCAGUUUACUGGUGAAGCUCCGACGAGUGUUUGUGAAACUGAGAUAUAUGAUUCGGAGCUGAAAACCAUCGCUGCGAGCUUUCUACGUGGGUUUUCCACCGAUCCAACUGAUGCCCAGAAACAGCUGGCGGUGGCGCCGCCACCUGAACCGGCGGCGAAGAAGGCUGUCGACACCUUCGGCCAACGUACCUCUAUUUACCGAGGAGUCACCAGACAUAGAUGGACUGGUAGAUAUGAAGCUCAUUUGUGGGAUAAUAGUUGCAGAAGAGAAGGGCAAAGUCGGAAAGGAAGACAAGUUUAUUUGGGUGGAUAUGAUAAAGAGGAGAAAGCAGCUAGAGCUUAUGAUCUUGCAGCCCUGAAGUACUGGGGUCCGACCACCACUACAAAUUUUCCAGUAUCCAACUAUGAGAAGGAGAUCGAGGAGAUGAAGAACAUGACAAGGCAGGAGUUCGUUGCUUCUCUUCGAAGGAAAAGUAGUGGAUUUUCUAGAGGAGCUUCUAUCUAUAGAGGAGUCACAAGGCACCACCAGCAUGGUCGUUGGCAAGCUAGAAUAGGCAGAGUUGCUGGCAAUAAAGAUCUCUACCUUGGAACAUUCAGCACUCAAGAAGAAGCCGCAGAGGCCUACGACAUUGCCGCAAUCAAAUUCAGAGGGCUAAAUGCAGUGACCAACUUUGACAUGAGCCGAUAUGACGUAAAGAGCAUUGCCAAUAGCAAUCUUCCCAUUGGAGGAAUCUCCGGAAAAUCCAAAACCUCUUCGGACUCACCUUCCGAUAACAACAAGAGCCUCGACGGAGGAGUAGGAACACGACGAUCCGACGACCGAGAUAUCUCCUCGUCAUCUUCACUGAGCUUUUCAUCACAACCUCCAAGCUCUAUUAGCUUUGCACUACCCAUCAAACAAGUCGACAACACUGUGGAUUACUGGUCAAUCCUUGGUUAUACCAAAAGCCCUAGUGCAAGUUCAACUAAUCUCUUCCAAGGUUCAAACAAUGGUACAUCAACUUUCCAAGGUAUAACACCAUUUAGCAUGGACUUCCCAACAAAUAGUACUACUACCAAUGUAGUGCAUAACAAUAAUGGGUUCUUCUUCAAUGGUGGAGGUGGUGGUGGUUACUUUGAGCAACAAAGUGCAAGUAUGAGUGGUUCAAGUGGAAUUCCUUUAGGGACACCCAUUGCUUUAAGUAGUAACGACAGUUAUGAAGGAGGGUCUGGUUUUGGGAACUGGGUUGGACCAUCCCUUCACUCAUUCCAAUCUGCUAAGCCAAAUUUAUCAGUGUUUCAGACACCAAUUUUUGGAAUGGAAUGAUCUCAUUGAAUGAAAAAAGAGGACAAUAGUGAAGAAAAGUCAUGAAUUAGGGUUUGUUGUUUUUGCUUUGCAUAUGCACAGAUGGUAAUGGUUGAGUCAGAAACUUACUUGAAUAGAUGAGAGAGGAGAGAGAUGGGACUGACAAUCAUUUCACAGGGCUAGCUGGUGACAAGAUUGUACUAACUGAAGUUAUAUUUGUUAGGGUCAUUCUGCUUUUUUUUUUUUUGUUCUCUUUUCUUUUUUACUUUUGCUUUCUCCUUUUACUGACAUUAUUUAUAGGGGUAUAAUCGGAAACAAAAUCCUUUUGUAAUCUUUCAUCUAUCUUAGUCGAGCCUCUUGAAAAUCCUUCUA